AUGGCACUGAGCAGAGAAAUGUUUUAUUUUGCUUUUGCUUUGUUCUUCAUUAUAGUCCAACUGCCAUCAGGGUCCUGGGCAGGACUUGAGUAUUCCCAGUCAUUUCCAGCAGGUGAAUUUGCUGUGUGUGAGACAUGCAGGCUCGGUCGGGGGAAAUGCAGGAAGGCAUGUCUGGAUACUGAGAAGAUUGCAGGAAAGUGCAAGCUGAACUUCUUCUGCUGUCGGGAGAGGAUCUGAACACACCGACCAACAAACGCUCUUUGGGCCUUAGACCCGUACUGAAUGGAUGUCUAAGGCAAGAAAUUCUGCGGCUUACCUGGGCCACAGUGGGCAAGAUUCAGUUCCCUUCUCACCUCCCUUUUGUUUCUGUGCUUCAUUUUAAUUUUAAGAUGAUAAAAAUCAAAACAGCAAUGAAUGCAUUCUGCUCACGCAAACUACUUCUACUUUACAUUUCCAGAAUACUUGUAAGUUAAAUCUGCUCUCCAGAAUUUUCUCAUAUGGCUCAGGGUCACCUGAAAGAUCAACAUUAUCAUUCUUAUUUGUAUUUGAAGAAAUUGAGAUGCAGGAAGACUGUUUCCUAAGGGAAGUUGGAGCUGGGAGACAAGGGGUAGUGUGUACAUCACCACCUCAUUCUGUUCAUCUCUCCAACAUACUAAUUAUCAUGGGAUUGUUAGGCAAAUGAAAGCGCCAUAUUCCUCUAUGCUGAUGCUAUUAUAGUUGUAUAGAAUAUUCUUGAUGAGGAAA